UCUAAUUUCCAGAUAAACUGUGUAUCCCCGAUAUCAGACGCGGAAUCGGACGAAUUGCCCUCCGACUUUGGUGCGGCAUGAGCUAACUCUAAACUCCAUUAACCAAAACAAAAUAUAUAUCUAGACAGUUUCUUCUCCUUAGUCAAGUUCAACCCGGCAUCUCUCAUCCUCCAGCAUUUUUUUUACAAAAAGUAAAAAGCAUUGCUACUCCUGAUUCAAUCCAUAGCUUGAACAGAUAACAUCCUCUCACCCCAUCUCCAUCCACUAUCCCCACCCACCAAAAUGGUCGCCCUCACCGAAAUCCGCACCCACAACGCCAGCCUCACCUCCCUCGCCCCCAACCUCGUCGCCAUCUUCGUAGGCGGCACCUCAGGCAUCGGCCUCUCGACGGCCCGCGAAUUCGUCCGCAACACGACCUCCCCCCACAUCUACCUCGUGGGCCGCAACGCCACGGAAGCCGCGCGCAUCAUCCCGGAAUUCCACUCCCUGAACCCUUCCUCCAAAGUCGAAUUCAUCAAAUCCGACGUCUCGCUGCUGAGGAACGCCGACGACGUAUGCAGGCAGAUUGCGCAAAAGGAGAAGAAAGUGAAUCUGCUAUUCAUGACCAUGGGGUACUUCACCACGAAAGGGAAAAGAGACGAAACGGAGGAAGGUCUGGAUCGCAAAUUGGCGCUGCAUUAUUACUCGCGGAUGCGCUUCGUGCAUUCGCUGUCGCCGCUCCUGUCGGCCGCUGGUAACGACCCGGAUCCAAAGGCUAAUCUCUCCCGCGUGGUCUCGGUGCUGGAUUCCAGGACGGGCCGCAGCGCUUCGCUGGAUUUCGACGAUCUGUCGUUGAAGCGGAACUUUGGGUUGAAGAGCGCGGCGCAUCAUGCCUGUGGUAUGAAUAGCUUUGCGUUGGAGUAUUUCGCCAAGCAGCAUCCGCACACAUCGUAUAUCCAUGCCUCACCGCAGGCUGUAAUGACGAAUGCGGCGAGGGAGAUGGGCCCUGUGUACCAGGCUGUCUUGAAGGUCGCGGCGACGUUGAUGAAGCCCUUCUUUGUGGAUUUGGGCGAGAGUGGCGAGAGGCAUCUGUUCGCCGCUACGGCGCCGAGGUUUGCGCCUCUGGCUAGGGGGGACGAGGUCGAGGGCGUGGCGAGGGGGAGCGAUGAAGUCAUGGGGAGUGGGUCGUAUGCUGUAAACUGGGAUGACGAGGUCUGGGGGGAAAGUACGAAGGCGGCGGAGCAGAGGAAGGCCGGGGCUGUGGACAAGAUUUGGAGGCAUACAGAGGAAGUGUUUGGCAAGAUUUUCGGGAGUGAGGGGAAGUAUUGAUGCACAAGGUGGAAUGAAUGGCGGCGUAGAGGUCUCUGAGUAAUGAUACCACUUCUUUGUGAAGGCGGCCAAAUUGGUUUUGGAUUAUAACAUAAAUAGUUCACCGGACGGCCAAUGUAGCAUGGCCGCUAUCUUCCUUCGAAUAUAUCAGCCCACUUCUUUCCUUGCAAGUAAAAGUAAGAACAAUAAGCCGUUGAUACAGAUUCGCCGAUAUGGGCUGAUCCGUACCUGCAAGGGACUUUCCGUUUUGCGUCAAAAUCCUUUGCGGAAAACCACCAAGUCACAAAGCUCGCUGAAGCUCAAAUCGGGAUCCCCUCGGCUUAGACCACGAGUAACUGCGUGAACAAAUAUAUUAGAUAGAUAUCAAUGUCUCGUUGAAUUUCGCAUAA